UAAACGCGUUGGUGUACCCGCCAAAAAAUAAUGAAGGGCAGAGUGAUACUGUUGAUAAUUUUUUUUAUAAUUUGUGAACUUGUCAGUGAAUCAUCGGCAGCACCGGCGCCAUUUGUUUUUCCUGGACCCUCAUCAGACGACUAUUCCGACUCGUAUGACGAUGGUCCUCAAGGGCGAAAUUUAUUUGGCAACAAACGAAAACACCAUCGAUUUUCAGGAGGUCACGGCUGUCGAGGUCACGGCUGUGGCGGAGGCUUUGGCUUGAGACCGGACUACGGGGGUUAUUACCCGAACAAUCAAGGUGGCUCCUUCGCCACAGCAUCCGCAGGAUCUUUGGGAGCAUCCAACAGUCAAGCGAAUGCCCAGAGCGCAACUUUUAACUUCGGACCUUUCUCGGCAUCUUUCAGCUCUGCCCAGGCUUCUUCUGGCCGUCAAAAUGGCUCACCUUUUCUGAACUACGACUACUAGCCGUCUGACAGCGACUAGCCGAAACUACUCAUCCAUCAUCAAAUCAAUCGCUCCGUCCAUUACGAAUCCAUGUGCGUCCUAUUUAUUAACAAAUCUAUAAAUAAGUGUAAGCUCACCAGCUAAAAAAAAUAAAUUUAUCUAAAAAAAUAUAAUAGAGUAUUUAUAAAUAAAAAAUAUAUGCAGUUGCAUGGA